AUGAGGAGAGGAAAGGAAGAGGAAGGGAUUGAAGGGGCAAGGGAGAGGAAGCGCAAAGAAAGAGCAGUAAGAGAGAGGAUCUGCAAAGAAACGAAGGGAGGCAAGGAAGUGAAAAGACAAAGAAGUGAGGAAAAGGAAGUGCAAAGAAACCAAUAUGAGGAAGAGGAUGAUGAAGUUAUGUUGCUUGGCGAUGACAUUGGCGAGAGCACGGAGGGGACAAAGGUUGAGUUUACUCUCGGGGACAUUGAUUUGGAUCAACCUCUAUGCUAUGCUAUCUCAGUUGAACGUUUGGUUGAAUGA